AACGUGUCUCGCCUCAUGCUCCAUUUUUUUUAUCUUCAAGUUUGUUGAGUCAGUUUGAAUCGAUUUGAGUUACUGAACGAUGACUAUUCUACGAUGGGGUAUCGUCAGUGCGGGGAAUAUCUCGCAUGAUUUCGUGUCAGCAUUGCGAGCUUUGCCGGCAAAUGAGCACGAUGUAAUUGCCGUUGCGGCGCGGCAAUUAUCGCGUGCGCAAGCUUUUGCAAAGCUUCACGAAAUUAAAAAGGCCUACGAUGAUUAUGCGAAAUUGGCCUUGGACAAAGAUAUCGAUAUCGUGUAUAUUGGUGCGAUCCAUCCUCAACAUUUUGAUAUUGCGAUGUUGAUGCUGAAGCACAACAAGCAUGUCCUAUGCGAGAUUCCAUUGACAAUGAAUUUGAAGCAGACCACCAAAUUAAUUAAUUACGCGAAAAGCAAAAAUUUGUUCCUGAUGGAGGGCGUAUGGAGCCGCUGUUUCCCUCUAUAUGAUGUGAUUAAGAAGGAGAUUACAUCCGGUACCAUCGGUGAUGUUCAACAAGUGAUCAUCUCUUUCGGUUUCGGACUGCCUGACAUGGAGCGAAUGAUUUUGAAAGAGCUGGGCGGUGGCACGAUUCUCGAAUUUAGUAGUUUCUGUCUACAAUUGGCCUGCUUAGUCUACAACAAUGAAAUGCCACAGAGCAUUAAGGCAUCAGGGUUCCUGAAUAAGGAUGGAGUCGACACGUCUAUGUCGGUUACCUUGACCUAUCAAGGGAAUCGCACCGUGACCAUCAUGACGAAUAUAUUGGCCACUCUACCAAACGAAGCAUACCUCUGUGGUACCAAAGAUAUGAUAAAAAUACCGGAUUUUUGGUCAACAAAGGUGGAACUGCCAAGUGGUACAGUGACGAUGUCACUGCCGAAACUAAAGCACGAAACUAAAUACAUCAAUUCUGCCGGAUUUUGCUACGAAGCUGCCGAAGUUCGCGAUUGCAUUUUGAAAGGUUUGACAGAAAGCCCGAAGAUAUCGCAUGAGACAUCCUUAUUACUGGCGAAGCUGGAGGAUGAACUGCGCAGACAACUGGGUGUUGUGUAUCCUCAAGAUUGAUUAUAAAUUUCUUUUUUUUUCAAAUAAAGAUAUUUUUAUUUCUA